AUGAGACCUCUAAUAGGGUUUUCUGAGAGAGAUAAUAUGAAGGAAGUUGCAAGCAAAAAAAGAUUCAUGGAAUUUUUAUUUUUUUAUUGUAUGCCAUUAUUUAUAAUAAUAUUGUUAAUUGUAUAUAUAUUUUAUAAUAAUGCAAUCUUAUACAAAAUAUCAAAAGAAAAAGAUUACGGAAUCAUAAUAGAUGCUGGAUCUAAUGGUACUAGAUUACAUUUAUUCACAUGGAAAAAAAGAGAAUAUGAAUCUAAUAAUAAAAUAAAUAGAUUAACAAAACCAUAUGAGAUAUAUAAUAAUAGUUUGAAAAAAAGUUUAUCUAAUAUCCCAAUAAACGAAAUAGAAGAUACUUUAAUAAAAUUAGUUAAUAUAGCAAUGGAUUAUUUAAAAAAAAUUAAUUGUUCCAAUAAACAAAAGUGGAAAAAUUAUCCUUUUUAUUUUCAAGCAACAGCUGGAAUGAGAAAUUUAGACUCCUAUGAAAGGGAUUUAAGGAUGAAAAUAAUUAGAAGUGUUUUAUCAGAUUCUAAAAUUAACCCUUUUAAUUUUUCUAAUGAUUAUGCAAGGGUUAUUUCGGGAGAGGAAGAAGGAAUUUAUGGUUGGCUAUCUGUCAAUAAUGCUUUAAAUACAAUUUUUUCAAAAUCUUAUGAAACUUUUGGUGCAAUAGAUUUAGGUGGAGCAUCAACACAAUUAACAUUUUUUCCUGUAGAUACAUCUAUAUUAGAAGAUUAUAAUGGAAUUCAUUUAGAUAACACAUUAAUUCGCUUAUAUUCACACUCAUUUAUAGGAUAUGGAUGGAAUGAUUCUUUAUUUAGGAUAAAUAUUAUUUUAUUUUUGAAAAAAAUGUUAGAAUAUAAUAACAUGAAUAAAAUUUCCUAUUCUAAUCCUGUUUUUUUUUUUAAUAAUGAUUAUAAAAACAAUGGUAAUCCUUCUUUUUAUGAGUUACAAAAUUACCUUAGUAAGAAUAGUAUAUCAAAUGAAGAACCAUAUUUAUAUAAUUCAAAAAAUAAAAAUUUUCUAAAAGAUAUUAAAAAUAAAGAGAAAGAAAAAAAAAAGGAUUAUAAUAACAUGGGGAAAUAUAUAGAAAAUUCAAAGGAUAAUAGUAACUUAUAUGAUAUAAAUGAUCAUGUAAAUGAAAUAAAUAAUUUUCAUCUUAAUGAAAAUGAAUAUAAAAACAUUUAUGAUUUUUUAUAUAAUGAAUUUAUAAAAUAUAUUAAUGAAGGAGUUAAUUAUGAAAUAUUAUCACAUAACGAUUCUUAUGAUUAUACAUAUAAUAUACAUAAUACAGAGCCAUAUUAUGUUGAAAAUUUUAUUAAAAAAAUUAAAAAUUUUAAAAGAAAUACAGAAAAUGAUACAAUAGUAAUUAUUGAAAAUCCUUGUUUGCCUUAUCCAUUUGAAUUAAAAAUCUCGUUACCUACCUAUAAUGUUGCAACUAACGAAUUUGUUAUUUUGAAAAAAAAAAGUAAACAUAAUAGCAAUAAUGAUAAUAUUAUUAACGAUGAUGUACUGAACAAGGAUUUUGAGUCUAAAAUAGUGUUAAAAUCUAAAGUUUUACAAAAUAAUUUGUCUAUUUUGGAAAAUAUAUAUGAAGAUUUUAAAUUAACAAGCAAUUUUGAAAAAAUUUUUAAAUUAAUAAAUAUUAAUAAUGCAGAUAAUAUAAAAGAUAAUUUCAUUAAGUAUAUAUUCCAGAAAAAUAUAAUUCAUAAAAUUAGUGAGUUAUAUAUAAAUAUUACAGUUAAAUUUAUUGGAUCUAAUAAUUUUAAUGAAUGCUUAAUAAAUGCUCAAAAAUUAUUUUAUGAAGAAUCUUGUUUUCUUUCGACUUGCAGUUUCAAUGGUGUGUAUCAACCAAAUUUAGAAAAAAAUAAAUUUGUAGUUUAUGGCCAGUUUAAAAAAGUAAUGAAAAAUUUAGGUUUUAAAAAAUAUAUAAACUUAGUGGAGAUGAAAAAUCUUGUACAUAAAUAUUGUAAUCUUAAUGUUAAAGAAUUAUCUAAUGUAUUUAAAGAUAUUUCUAAUGAUCAAAUUAGUAAAUUUUGCUGGAAAGCGUUAUGGUCGUAUUCAUUGCUACAUUAUGGUUUUAAAUUUAAUGAAAAAAGCAAAAUUAUAGUUUUAGAUGAUAUCAUACAUGUUGAAGAUGAAGAAGAAGAUGAAGAUGAUGAUAUCAAUGAAAGAGACAAUGAAGAUAACAAUGAAAAUAAAAAUGAGAAUGAAAAAGUAAAAGAAAUAAAGGAUAUUAUAAAUGGUAAUUUUAUUAUAUCGAAAAUUCUAAAAAUUUUUUUUCCUAUAAAAAUUCAUCAUUUAAAAAAAAAAAAAAAAAUAAAUUCAGAAAUUUAUUCAGAUAUAAAUGAUACUAAUAAAGAUCAAUCAUAUAAGAAAUAUAAUAAUACUAAUUAUUUAUAUAAUCAAAUAAAUAUAGACUAUUAUAAAAAAAAAAAAGCAUAUACGAAUAAUGACAAAUCAAGAAAUAUAACUGAUAAUGUUAGUUGGACUCAAGGAUGUAUGAUUUAUCAAGUUAAUUUUUUCCCUAAAUAUAUAAAUUUAAGAAAAUAUGAAAUAUAUAAAACACUACUAAUUUCUCUUUCUAUUAUAAUUUUUAUGAUUGUCAUCAUGCUAUGUGGUUAUGUUCUUAAGUUAAAACAAAAAUUAAAGGAUUACCAAUCACCAAUAAAUUAG